CGCGCGCUGCUGUCGGCCGCGCGCCGCUCGCGCGCACCUGUCGCCGUCCCCUGCCUGCCUAGCGGUGGCGUCCCCAGCCCCGCAAGUUGCGGGUUGGCGCGGCCGGGGCUGCAGGCCGGCAGGCCCGGGGAUGGCGUCGGAGCCGCGCUGACUCCGUUUCUCCUGGGACCAAGAUGACUGAUGGAAACUUCUCGUCCUCUACCAAUGGCGUAGCCUUGCUGGGCAUUCUGGACAGCCGGCCGGGAGACUCCCUCCAGGGUGUGCAGCACUCGGGCAGCAGGGUGCCCAGAUCGCUCUCGGCACCGGAGUACAGGCCCAAGCUGAAGCUCAGUGCUCCGGAGGACCGGGACAGCCUCCAGUCGGUGGACUCGGGCAUCCCGACGCUGGAGAUCGGCAACCCCGAGCCCGUGCCCUGCAGCACGGUGCACGUGAAGCGGAAGCAGUCGGAGUCUGAGGUGGUCCCCGAGCGGGCCUUCCAGAGUGCGUGCCCGCUGCCAUCCUGUGCACCCCCAGUGCCCGGCGGCACAGAGCGGGAACAGGCCGUGCGGAAGUCCUCCACCUUCCCCCGCACAGGCUACGACUCGGUGAAGCUCUACAGCCCCAACUCCAAGGCCCUGAGCCGCAGCGAUGAUGUCUCAGUGUGCAGUGUCUCCAGCCUCGGCACGGAGCUGUCCACCACACUGUCUGUCAGCAAUGAGGACAUCCUGGACCUCAUGGUCACCAGCAGCUCCAGUGCCAUUGUGACCCUGGAGAAUGACGAUGACCCACAGUUCACUGACGUCACGCUGAGCUCCGUCAGGGAAGCCAGCGACGCGGCCCAGCCGGGCGGUGUGGAGGACCCGGAGGAGGAGCGGAGGAAGGCAAGGCUGCUAGGACCCCUCAGUCAGUUCUUCACCAGGAAUUUGCUUGCUAGAAAACAAAAUGCAAGACUUGACAAACAAAAUGACUUGGGAUGGAAGUUGUUUGGAAAAGUACCGCUCCGAGAGAAUGCUCAGAAAGAUUCAAAGAGAAUCCAAAAGGAAUAUGAAGACAAGGCGGGAAGACGUAGCCGGCCACCUUCGCCGAGGCAGAAUGUGAGGAGGAAUCUUGAUUUUGAGCCACUUUCCACCACUGCCCUCAUCCUGGAAGACAGACCAGCCAACCUCCCCGCGAAGCCGGCCGACGAGGCGCAGAAGCACAGGCAGCAGUAUGAGGAGAUGGUGGCGCAGGCCAAGAAGCGAGAGCUCAAGGAAGCCCAGCGCAGGAAGAAGCAGCUGGAGGAGCGGUGCCGAGUGGAGGAGGGCAUCGGGAACGCCGUGCUCACCUGGAACAACGAGAUCCUGCCCAACUGGGACACCAUGUGGUGCUCACGGAAGGUUCGAGACCUGUGGUGGCAGGGAAUCCCGCCCAGCGUCAGAGGCAGAGUCUGGAGCUUAGCCAUCGGCAACGAGCUCAACAUCACUCAUGAGCUCUUUGACAUCUGCCUGGCACGGGCCAAGGAUCGGUGGCGGUCUCUCAGCACGGCCGGUGCUGAGGCGGACAGUGAAGAUGCUGGGUUCCCUGCAGCAGACAGGGAGGCCAGCCUGGAGCUCAUCAAGCUGGACAUCUCCAGGACGUUCCCCAGCCUCUGCAUCUUCCAGCAGGGCGGCCCAUACCAUGACAUGCUGCACAGUAUUUUGGGCGCUUACACUUGCUACCGGCCGGAUGUGGGUUAUGUGCAGGGCAUGUCCUUCAUAGCUGCAGUGCUGAGCUUGAACCUGGACACUGCCGACGCCUUCAUCGCCUUUUCUAACCUCCUGAAUAAGCCCUGUCAGAUGGCGUUCUUCCGGGUGGACCAUGGCCUUAUGUUGACCUAUUUUGCCGCAUUCGAGGUGUUCUUUGAGGAAAACUUGCCGAAAUUAUUUGCUCAUUUCAAGAAGAACAACUUGACUCCAGACAUCUACCUGAUCGACUGGAUCUUCACCCUGUACAGCAAGUCCCUGCCCCUGGACCUGGCCUGCCGCAUCUGGGACGUGUUCUGCCGGGACGGGGAGGAGUUCCUCUUCCGCACUGCCCUAGGCAUCCUCAAGCUGUUUGAGGACAUCCUGACCAGGAUGGACUUCAUCCACAUCGCCCAGUUCCUCACGCGGCUGCCUGAGGACCUGCCGGCGGACGAAGUGUUUGUGGCCAUCGCCACUGUCCAGAUGCAGAGUCGCAACAAGAAGUGGGCGCAGGUGCUGGCCGCGCUGCAGAAGGACAGCCGGGAGCUGGAGAAGGGAAGCCCCUCGCCCAGGCACUGAUUCUGGGGACGCCGGGCGUCCAGACCGAUACCCGGUCGCGGAGCAGCCGUGUCCUGUGGGUCCCGACACCAGAGCUGGCCUUAAACACCCAAGGCAAAAGCGCUCUGAGGGAUGGAAGCCCAGGCGCUCUGCCCUCUCUCCUUCAUUAAAUCUCCACACUGUGACGCCAGUGACCAGGAAGUAGAUGACAGUUCUUAAGCAGGGCCCACGAGUGACAUUCCGCAUGAGGCCUCUGAGCUGCGGCCAGCCACGUUUUGGGUAAGGGUGGAGUUGUUGGUGUCGAUUCGGAGGUCUCUUCAGCGCUGGAGGAGGUCACAUUGGAAAACCCAGGAACCAAAGACAGUGCCAGGAGCCGGGCCCUGCCUUGCCAGCAGGUGCUGGCGAGUCCACCUGAGUCCACCUGGGCUUGCUGUGGCCAUGGGGAGCUGUGUGCAGGCCGGGCCACCUGCCCAAGGGACAGGGCGGCCGAGGAUGAAGCUAGCUGUGUGCCAGAAGCCUAGGCGGGGAGGCCCGUGUCCGCUCCUGCAGAGGGUCCCCCUCCCUGCCUUGUCCCCCACACCGUGCUCUCCCCGCCCCAUCAGGCUUGAAGAGAUGCACUUCAUAAGCUGCGAUCAGGAUGAGGCCCAGCAGCCUAGUCCAGCCCGGCCUCCUUCAGGACCAUUGGCCCUUUCUGUUGCAAGUUCAUUGGUGAAUUCCGGGGUCUCACUUCUCCUUGAGGCUUCUGAGAACUUUGUGUAAGAAAGUAGAUUAUUGGGAUUCACAGAAACAAAGUUUUCCACAAGCUCAUCCCAAGCACAGGCCAGCGCCGGCAUCUGUGGGGACAUUGCCAAGUGGCUGCCCCACCCGCAAUGCUGCCUGGGUGCAGGAGGCCGGUGCAAGCGCGGGAGUCACUUGCAAGUGCCUGUGUGGCUGCAGGCCACAACUUCCUCAACCAUGGAAGGGGACGUGGGCAGGUGGCCGACCUGUGCCGCCGCCCUCCUGGUGGACUCGGGCAGGUGGCCAAGCCGUGGUCACCCCUGCUCUCUAGUCCCCGUACCCUGUGCCCCCCUCCCUCCUGGAUCCGCUGCUCCCCUGCAUCUCCCAAGUUUCCCAGGAGGCCACAGGGCACCAGGAAGCCGUUUCUGCCCCUACCCCUUCCUGCCACCAGGUAUGGAGUGUCACAGGCCUGGUGGCUGCACUUGCUCGUGGACUGUUAAGUCUGCCCCUCGAUGCGCCACACACCAGACGUGUGUGGGUUUUCUCACUGCAGGGAGAGGCGCUCCCAAGCCAUCUGGAAGGUGGUGGACACCGGUCUCAGGCAUUGCGUCCCCAACCGACUCCAGUGUUCCCCGCCUACGUUUUGAGUUUCCUGUCCCCUGUCCCAGGAGUCUGGUGCACAUUGCAUUUCAAACAGGCUUGCUUGCUGUCUGGAGCACUGACCGCAGCUCUAGUCCAGACCUGGCUUCAUAGCCUGUUCAGGGAUUGCAGGCUCAGACGUGUCCCUGGCCUUGGCCCUGGCCCUGUCCCCUGUGCAGAGUGGUGCUGGUCUGGUGGCAGCCGGGGUCUGUGUCCUGACAGUGUGGCAAACCAGAAAUGGAUACCCAGGCGCUGCCCUCCUGAGCUGAAUCCACUUCGUUCCUGGCUGGUAAGGCUGGGACCUCAGGUUGGGGCCACACCUCGCCCUCUGCCUGUCCCUGCAGUCCCUGGGACAGUGUGCACCCCUGGGGUACUUUGUAACUGCUGGGGUUGUGACUUUCAAAUCUUUGGCUGGUAGAAAAAUCCUGGUAACACUUCCUACAUGCCAUGUUUUAAUUGCUUGUACAGUAACCUUUAAUCUUAUUUAGUAACGUGUAUCAAAGUAGGACUUUUGAAUUGUAAAUAUGUAGUUUUAUUAAAUAAAAGUCAUGUAAAUUGUUA